UAGAAUGUUUGCCGUCUACAUCUUCUCCAAAUGACUUGUGAAAAUGUAUUCUACUGCCAUAAUAACUUCAUUGACUUUGCUGUUAUAUCUAUGUGUAUUAGAGUUGUCUCAAUGCUACGUUAAUGUGGCUCUAAAUAAACCAACAUACCAGAAGUUCCCAUAUAUACCUGGGGACGACACCUAUGACUCAGGCAAUGCUGUAGACGGACUGAAGGCAGAUCUGACCUGGAAUGGAGGACAGUGUGUAUAUUCAUUUUAUGAAGAAACUCCCACAUGGUGGGUGAACCUGACUAACAUCCUCAGCAUCCAUCACAUCACCAUCUACUUUAUGACAGGCAAUUUUCCAUGGGGACUCUCUAAUCCAUACACGUCGUCUUUUCUGGGAUUCUCCUUGUAUGUGUCAAAUACAACUGAUAUAUCACAGGGAAUUUUAUGUUUCAAAGACAACAAUUUUACGAAACGCACCAUCCCUGCUGUGUUCACCACAAACUGUUCCAUACCUGGUCAAUACGUCAUAUACUACAACGAAAGACUGUUGAAUGGUUCAUACCCCAUAGAUUAUUCUGCACAUACCCAAAUCAACUUAUGCGAGGUUGAAGUGUAUGGAUGCCCUACAAAUGGAUACUAUGGAAUUAACUGUUCCUCUCCCUGUCCAGAUAUUAACUGUCAGUACUGUCACAUAGAGACGGGCACCUGUCAGGGUUGUAAACCAAAGUACAGAGGACACCAGUGUGAAUUAGAUGUCUUCAUGGCUGAAAGGGACACAGACGUUAAAAUAAGUAAGAACUUUCCUCAGAACCGUAUUGAAUAUUUACAAUGUUUUGUUUGUAUAUCUUCGUUGACUGCAAUACCAAAUAUAUUUUAUAUCAAUGGGGAAAAUGUUUUAAUAUGUGAACAGACAGAAAUAUAA